UAACAAUUUAUUUAAUUAACAAUGUAACACUGAUGUUACAGAAAACAAUGGGAAGAAGAACACUCAAGCCAACUAGGAAUGAAAACAAAAAAGUUUUUGAAUUAGCAUCAAUUCGCAGUUGGAAAUUAAAAAUUAAAGCACAGAAGACUUUUAAUCCAAAGAAAAUUGAUUCAAAAAAGAAUGAGACAUUAAGCAAAGAUAAACUAGCCUGGAUCAAUGUGCAUCAACUAUUUGAAGAAAUAUUGAAGAAUCAUUCUCAAGCAAAACUUGAUACUGAAAAGAAAACAAUUAAAAAAGAUACAAACUUUCUAAUAACUAUGGUUGCAUCAGCAGAAAUGAAUACAAUAACUUCAAAAGUGGAGCAUAUGCAACUUGAAUGAACAAUGAAAAAAAUAGAUAAAUAAUUAUAUAAUAGAUAGAUAAAUGUAUAAUCCAAUCCUCUGUUUUCAUUUACAUUAAAAAA